GCGGGGACCCGAAGGCCCUGGGAGCCCGUGGCACCUGCUUGUCCACCUUCCAACCCGCCCGCCUAAGCCCCGGCCCGGGACCACGGGAGACCUUGGGUCUCUGCGUAUAAAACCCAGGCUCUAGCCACGCCGGCCGGGGUCAGGAGCCCCUUGUAAAGAGGCCGCUUGGGCAGAGUGAUUGACAGGUUACCAACGUGAGGGACGGCGGUUCCACUCCACAUCUCAGGAGGCUCUGAAUGCCCGGGGUUGGGACGUUUUGUCAGUCAGGGCCGGAGCCUGCAGAGCCCACGUCCCAGCCUCUUUCAGACGUUUGUCGAACUGGGCGGACUGCUGCCCCCUUGUAUCAACAGUGGGCGCCCUGCUGGCAUCCGAGCUGGGAUGGAAAUUCUAUGAUGCAGAUGACUAUCAUCCAAAGGAAAAUCGAAUGAAGAUGGAGAAAGGGAUACCAUUGAAUGACCAGGACAGGAUUCCAUGGCUUUGCAAUUUGCAUGACAUUUUACUAAGAGAUGUAACCUCAGGACAGCAUGUGGUUCUAGCCUGUUCAGCCUUAAAGAAAACAUACAGAGACAUCUUAAUUCGAGGAAAAAAUGGUGCACCUCUGAAGUCUGGGAAGUCGAGAGAGGAAGAAAAGCCAGCUGAGGUGCAGCUCUUGGUGGUCCAUCUGAGCGGGUCAUUUGAGGUCAUCUCUGGACGCUUACACCAAAGAAAAGAACAUUUUAUGCCGCCUGCAUUAUUACAGUCCCAGUUUGAUACUCUGGAGCCCCCAUCACCUCCAGAAAACUUCAUCCAAAUCAGUGUAGACAAAAGUCUUUCAGAGAUCAUUGCUGUAAUUAUGGAAACUCUGAAAAUGAAAUGACACACAUCAGUGGUCCAGAACAGAAUCAGUCAUAGAUGUGUCCUAUUCCAGACCUUGUUCCAGUCUCCUCAUCCAUGCUGUAUUCUAAAUGCUUCUUAAGGUUGAACCAACCUUGGUGUGUCAAGAUGUACGUGUUUGUAGGAAUUUGUGAUGUGCUUGGCGUCAUGGGCUGUCACGUAGGGAGAAAAGGAAGGGAACUUUAAAAAUCAAGCUUAAAUUGAAGUUUAAAUUCAUCAGUGAUGCCAUCAAAUGACCAGAGGAAAUUCUGUAAUUGAUGAUAGAAAUCACUAGUUUGCUUAGAACAUUUUCCACUAAUGCCUAUAUUUUAUAAUAAAUGAAACUUGAUUCUAUCCUUGAAA